UUUUCGAUGACGAGCCCUAAAACCUUAUAUUCAACUAUGUUAAUUUCUUUAUUAUCCAUAUCAAUUGUGAAUGCUCAAUUUUUUGAUGGAUUAUUACCUAAUUUUGGUGGAUUGUUGCCUAAUUUUGGAAGAUUAGGUCCUGAUUCAAUUACAACAUGUUUAACAUCAGUUAAUGAUGUUCCUAAUUGUGUUGAUGAAAUAAUUACAUCUUUUUUAAGUGUUCAACCCCAUUUAAUUGGUCCUCAAUGUUGUGAAGCUGCAUUAGAUAUUAGUGAUGAAUGUUGGCCAAAUAUUUUCCCAUUUAAUCCAUUUUUUCCACAAGCUAUUAGGAGUUUUUGUUCAAAAUGAGGCUCAAAUAAUACCCCUCCAUUAAUCAUGUAAGAGAAUUCUUUUACGUCGUCUCGAAUAAUAGGAGAAAAUAAGACAUAACAGGUUAAAAUACGUUGAUUGUGUAAAUGUUUAUUAUACUAGUGUGGAUGAGUUAGAUCCA